UAUAACAGAAUCUCCCUGUGACCCUGCCAGUUGUGUAGUGAAAGAAUAGCAUAAUGAUUAUGUUUGUUCUGUCACACUGCCAGAGUAGAGAUUUAUACUCUGCUUAUCAGACCUUACACGUUUUAUGUGCACGUCAUCAUCAGCUAAUAUCAUGAGAAUCCUAGUAGCACAAGAAGUCAAAGAUCAGGAUCAGAUGAAGAUUCAGUUUCCUUGGAUUACCUGAUGCUCUAUGGGCAUAAAUUAAUGCGCAACAUUUAGGAUGAACUUCAUGUUUAUAAGUUCUAUCCAUUUGCAAAAAUACGCGUGGGACAAAGACAUCUGUAUUUGUGGAACCCAUGCAUCAAUGUGAACAUUUUCAAGAGCUACAAUGCAGUUACAAUACUGUUUUGAAACAAUCAAUAAAUCAUGUGAAAAGCACUGCUGGCCCAACAGCGUAAAGAUUCCCAUGUAUGUUUUUAUGGUAAGCACUAUUUUGGCAACUAUGGCCGGAAACCUUGCUGUUAUCAUUUCCAUUGCUCAUUUUAAGCAGCUCCAUACUCCAACAAACUAUUUAAUCCUCUCCAUGGCUACUGUGGACUUUCUAUUAGGAUGCCUUGUUAUGCCAUACAGUAUGGUCAGAUCCGUGGAGAAUUGCUGGUAUUUUGGGGACAUUUUCUGUAAAAUACAUACAGGAAUGGACAUAAUGCUCAGUACAGCAUCAAUAUUCCACCUCUCCUUUAUAUCUGUGGACAGGUAUUAUGCAGUAUGUCAUCCACUGCAAUAUAAGACAAAAAUAAACAAAUUUACUGUACUCGUCAUGAUUUUAACCAGCUGGGUUAUCCCUGCUAUUUUUGCUUUUGGCAUGAUCUUCCUUGACUUGAAUAUAAAGGGUUCAGAAAUGUUUUUCUAUGAUGAAGUCUACUGUAUUGGCGGUUGCUUUGUAUUUUUUAGUGAAACAUCAGGGGUUAUUGCAUCUAUGCUUUCAUUUUUUAUUCCUGGAUUUGUUAUGAUUUGCAUAUAUGGAAAGAUAUACAUAAUUGCCAGAAGACAAGCAAGAUUAAUAAAAGAUGCCACCAGUCAAAUCCAAUUCCAGGCAAGUUUUGUAGCAAACCAAUAUAUAUCACGAUGCAGCGAAAGAAAAGCAGCCAAAACCCUGGGUACAAUAAUGGGGGUGUUCUUAAUUUGUUGGUCGCCUUUCUUUUUUAGCACAGCUAUUGGGCCAUUUACAAACCAUAUCAUCCCCUCUAUUGUCAUUGAUGCGUUUGUAUGGGUUGGAUAUUUAAAUUCAACUUUUAACCCCAUGGUCUAUGCCUUCUUCUAUAUGUGGUUCCGAAGAGCACUGAAAAUGAUUCUCUUUGGAAAAGUUUUUCAAACUGAUUCUUCAAGAACUGUUUUGUAUCUGGAAUGA